UUCUGGAGGCUUGCAAUGCACCUGGGCUUCCCCAAAAUAGGUUCUGGCCGCUUGCUGAGCCGCACCGGGUCACCCAGCAGGCCGGGAUGGACCCUGCAGGAUGCGACCCGCUGCCCUCCUGCUCGUGGUUCUCUCACUUCUUUCUGCCUUUCCAGCUUGAAGUUGGAAUGCGACAAACUCGCCAGCGAGAAAUCGGAGAUGCAGCGUCACUACGUCAUGUAUUACGAGAUGUCCUACGGGCUGAAUAUUGAAAUGCACAAACAGGCUGAAAUCGUCAAGAGGCUCAAUGGGAUCUGUGCGCAGGUUCUGCCCUACCUUUCACAGGAGCACCAGCAGCAAGUCCUGGGAGCCAUUGAACGAGCCAAGCAGGUGACGGCACCGGAGCUGAACUCCAUCAUCCGUCAGCAGCUCCAAGCCCACCAGCUCUCGCAGCUCCAAGCCCUGGCGCUGCCUCUGACUCCGCUGCCCGUGGGGCUGCAGCGGUGA